UUCCCCGCGUUAACUCGUCACACAUGCCAAACACACAUCCGUCAUGCCCCCAGCAGCCUCCCUCCAUUGAGAAAGUUAACAGUUUGUUUUUCACAGGGCCGAAAGCUUCACUGCACACAUUACUGAAGCCCCUUCAUCUCCCUCCUUUCCUCUGGAUGCAGCCCGUCCGCGAGAGACUGACUAAAAUGAUUUCUCUCUCUCUCUCUCUCUCUGUCUGUCUGUAAGGACUGCAUUAAACAGAUCAGAAGUCGCUCCUCUGGAAUGAGCUCUUGCUGACACCUUCCUCCCGGACUCUCUCACUGUUCACAAGUAAGGGAGAGGUUGUUGCAGUAAUCAUGACAGCAUUGCCGUUCCGGGUCGGACCGCUGUCCUACGCUGGAUUCGUCAUCUUCUGCCUCUUCUCUCUGCCUCUCGUCUCGUCACAGACGCCAUUACUCCCAGUGACCUCUGACCCUGAGUCUGCGCCCUCUCUGCCUGGAGAGUGCCUGAGAAAAAUGCACCCCGUUACCUCCUACACAGCUUUGAGCCCAUGGCUGUCCUCUUUCUCUCUUCCUGGAGUGACUGACUACUCACCGCUCACACUCGACCUCACCAGGAACCAGCUGAUAGUGGGAGCCAGGAAUCAUCUCUUCCGUUUGAGUUUGAGCAACAUCUCUCUCCUGCAGGCCACAGAAUGGGGAGUGGACGAGAGCACCAGGAGGUCCUGCCAGAGCAAAGGAAAGACCGAGGAUGUGUGUCAGAACUAUGUCCGUGUCCUCCUGUUGAACGGCAGUCGUCUGUUCACCUGCGGCACUAAUGCUUUCAUGCCCAUGUGUACGACUCGCCCUGUUACGGACAUCUCCAGCGUCCUGGAGUCCGUCAGCGGUGUGGCCCGCUGUCCCUACGACCCUCGACACAACUCUACAGCCAUGAUAACUGAGAGUGGAGAAGUCUACGCUGCUACAGUGACCGAUUUCUCCAGCCGCGACCCCAUUAUUUACCGCAGUCUGGGGAACAUGCCGCCCCUGCGGACCGCACAGUACAACUCCAAAUGGCUCAAUGAACCUCACUUUGUCUCUGCAUACGAGGCGGGCCGCUUCACAUACCUCUUUCUGCGAGAGAACGCUCUAGAACAGGACUGUGGGAAGAUGGUCUUCUCUCGUGUGGCGCGCGUGUGUCAGAAUGACAUUGGUGGUCGUUUCCUGCUGGAAGACACAUGGACCACCUUCAUGAAGGCUCGACUCAACUGUUCCCGCUCUGGAGAUGUUCCCUUCUACUAUCAUGAGCUGCAGAGCACCUUCUUCCUCCCUGAGCAAGAUCUCAUCUACGGAGUCUUCACCACCAACAUGAACAGCAUUGCUGCAUCAGCGGUGUGUGCGUUUAACCUCAGUGCCAUCACACAGGCCUUUAACGGACCCUUUCGCUAUCAGGAGAACCCUCGGACCAGCUGGCUUUCCACUCCCAACCCCAUCCCAAAUUUUCAGUGCGGGACAGUGAAUGAUUCGGGUCCGAGCGCUAAUCUAACAGAACGCAGUCUUCAAGACGCCCAGCGGCUGUUCCUCAUGAGCGAGGUGGUUCAGCCAAUCUCCACGGAUCCUCUGGUCACGCAAGACAACAUCCGUUUCUCCAGACUGGCUGUGGACAUUGUUCAGGGAAGAGACCGGCUCUACCACGUCAUGUACAUCGGCACAGAGUACGGCACCAUCAUCAAAGCCUUAUCCACAACUAAUAAGAGUUUGCAUGGAUGUUACUUGGAGGAGAUUAACAUUCUCCCAGAAAACAUGCAGGAGCCGAUCCUGAACCUGCAGAUUCUGCAAAGCGAUAGGUCGCUUUUCGUGGGACUUCCCAGCAGAGUGCUGAAGAUCCCUCUGGAGAGAUGCUCCAACUACGAAACCGAACAGGACUGUCUGGGUGCCAGGGACCCGUACUGCGGCUGGGACCGGACACAGAAGCGCUGUACGACGAUUGAGGACAGCUCCAACAUGAGCCAGUGGAGCCAAGACAUCACACAGUGCCCUGAGCGUAACCUCACCCAGGAUGGUGGAUUUGGCCAGUGGUCACCAUGGCAGGCUUGUAAUCAUGAUGACGGAGGUGAAGGCACCAGCACGUGUCAGUGUCGCUCUCGGGCCUGUGAUAACCCUCGACCCCAGUGUGGAGGGAUGGAGUGUGUCGGGGCGAACAUGGAGGUGGCCAACUGCUCCAGGAACGGAGGCUGGACUCCCUGGUCGUCCUGGGCCGAGUGCAGCACCAGCUGUGGCAUUGGAUUUGAGGUCCGUCAGCGGUCCUGUAACAACCCGGCACCCCGACACGGAGGACGUGUAUGUGUGGGACAGGCACGGGAGGAGAGAUUGUGUAAUGAAAAUAAUCCAUGUCCUGUUCCGGUGUCCUGGGUCUCCUGGAGCGCUUGGUCCAAAUGUAGUGUUGUGUGUGGUGGUGGAGUCCAAUCCCGUGUUCGAACCUGUGAGAAUGGAAACACAUGUCCUGGUUGCCCUCUGGAGUAUACGGCGUGUAACUUGGACUCGUGUGCUGAAGUGAGGCGGACCACACCAUGGACACCCUGGUACCCUGUUAAUGUGACUCAGAUGGGGGCGAGACAGGAGCAGAGGGUCAGGUACACCUGCAGGGCUCUCCUCGCUGACCCUCACGACCUUCAGCUCGGCAAACGCAAGAUAGAGACUCGCCUCUGUCCCACCAGUGACGGAGCUGCUGCCUGCGAGACUGACGGUCUAGUUGAGGAUUUGUUGAGAAUGGGUCGACCUGUGACACGAGUGCAAGGAGCCGCCUGGUCGUCUUGGGAAACGUGGUCCUCAUGUUCCGAAGAGUGUUCCAAAGGCUUCCGCACACGCAAGCGUUCCUGCGCCACACCGGAUGGGAAGAGCACGCCGUUCGCCUGCAGCGGAGCGCCGGUCGAGUAUCAGGACUGCAACACUCAGCCGUGCCCAGUGAAGGGGGCGUGGUCAUGCUGGUCUUCCUGGUCUCAGUGUUCUACUUCCUGUGGCGGCGGUCACUACCAGCGCUCCCGUACCUGCUCUAACCGUUCCCCUGCUCAUUCUGGAGACAUCUGCAUCGGUCUGCACACAGAGGAAGCGCUCUGUAACACACACGAGUGCGAGGGUGGGUGGGGGGCGUGGUCAGAGUGGGCGGAGUGUAAUGAGGAGGGGCUGAAGCUCAGGACUCGUACAUGUGAAAUAAGCUCCGCCUCUUGCCAAGGAAACUCCACAGAUCAGAGACCGUGUCGACCCAAUGACAGCGCAGUGCUGUCAAAGGGACAGAAGAGGAGCACAAACUGUGAAGGGUUUUCUCUGUUUCAUUUGGUGCUGACUGGAGCGUGCUGUUUUCUGGGAGCCGUUUUGUUGUCCGUCCUGGUGUAUGUUUACUGUCAGAGACUCCGCAAACCCCCUCAAGAGUCCGCAGUUAUCCAUCCCAGCACCCCCAACCACCUACACUAUAAAGAGAACAGCUGUGCGCCCAAGAACGACUUAUACACACCCAUGGAGUUCAAGACUCUGAAUAAGAAUAACCUGCUUCCACCAGACGAAAGCUGCAACUUCUUCCCAUCAGCGUUACCGCAGACCAACGUCUACGCCACCACAUAUUACCCGUCUCCUCUGGGCAAAUACGACUUCCCUUCCAUGGAUUCACCCUGCAGCUACAUGCACAGCUGAUGCACAGACACACAUCUCAUGCUUUCUUAGGGCUGUGUGACCACGGUUACGCACCUUGAUGCCUCCAUGCAGACGCAUUGGAAAAUGCAUGGAUCCACAGGAAGGCUGAGCGCAUUAUCUGCAUCUCAAAAGAUGCAGAAAGAUGCAAAGGAGUGAGGUUUGGAUUAGACGGGCCCAUGUAGUUUUCUUGUAGCAUUUCCUUUCCUAAAUGUCAUCUCGAACUGGAAGUUCAGCUGAUCACAUGCUUCGUAAUAACUACAGACUGACCCUCACAAAGCAUGCACUCUUCUUACAAUGCAAAGAAACAAGAAGAAUUCUGGGAUCAAGCUCCAAACUGAAUUGUGACGUACUACUUUAUGUGCUGGCGUCUUUGUGUUGUUUUUCACAAUCGAAAAACUGCAACGCAGAUCUCGCUUUGAGUGGAUAAAGCAUGAAAGUUUCCAGACGUCUCACAGUAAGCCUGGACAUCUGUUUCUCUUAUUUGAUCCAGAUCUCCAAAGAUGUGAGACACAUGUAAUCUGGAUCAACGGUAGAUUAACAUCAGUGAUGUAUGGAUGAACUCAUAAAAAAGACCGUUAUCUUCAGUGUCCAAUAAAAGACCUGAGCUCAUGGAUAUAUGGCCAUCCACACAGUUACACAAAUGGCUGUGGAUUUGUCUGUCAGACACUUUUAAAGGGAAAGUUCACCAAAUAUGAUCGUUCUGUCAUCAUUUACUCACCCUUAUGUCAUUACAUACACUUUUUUUUUUCCAAAGGCAAAACACAGUAUGUGAAUAGGGGUCAGAUGAGGCUUUUUUAAAGAUCAUUAUAUUGUGUAUUUGGUGUAACAGAAAAUCUUGACAUGCUUUAAUGUUAAAUGUAUUUUCCAAAUACUGUA